UUCAAAGGCACAAUAUACAAACACUCUCUCUCCUUCUUCUCUCUCUCUCUCUCUCUCCCUACCUAAGGAAUCGAAAACCUCUAAGCUUAGGGUUUCUCGAAUACCGCACUCUAAUUCUUCUCCGCUACCUUUGAAUCUCUGCUCAUAGCUUGUACCUUCUUCUUUGCCGCUAAAUGCUCCAUCUGUUAGUACCAUUUGUUUGGCUAGCCGUGAAGAAUCGAGCCCAAGUCUGUGGAAGAUAGAGUCUGUUGAUGGUUAGCUGAGAUAAGGUAAUUCAGUUUUUGAACACUUGAGGAUUAGUUAACUCUAACAUGGAGAAGAAUGUUGUGGUGGAGGAGAAUAAUCAAAGUAACAGUUCUAACCUUCUUUCCAAGUCUGUGGAGUCAUCCAUUAAGAUUGACUCAAUAUCUAUAGAUCUCAUCAAUGCCAAUCAGAAGACAGAUGCAGAAAACUGUCAACAUUUUUCAAUACGUGGAUAUGUAUCUGAAUUUCGCAAAAAAGACUGGAAGAUGUGUUGGCCAUUUGCUCCAGACAGUGACUGUAACAAGCAUGAUGAACAAGCACGUGGGCUUCCUUCCUUACAUGUUCCAAAGUUUAGAUAUUGGCGUUGCCAUAACUGCCUGUCAGAUAUUGGUGCCAAAGGCAUUGGAAAUGAUUAUGGGACCAUCCUUACGUCUUGUACUGGUGCAUUAAAAUCAAAUAGCAUUUGUUCCCAUGCAUCGAUCCUUGAAAAUGUUGCAAUGCUACUAUCUGAUUUUCAGCAAUCUCCACAGCUACACAUUCUUGAGGAGAAAAAGGUUGAUGCUAAUGUUUCAGCUAAUCUGAAUAACGCCACUGAAUAUCAUCCUGUGCCAUGCAUUGAUAAAAAAGAAAAGAAAACUGAAGUUGCAAGUCCCACCGUAGGGCACAAUAUGGAGUCCGCUGGUAAUUUGAAUGAGGAAAUGCAUAGAUUGACUACAGAAAUUCCAAGCCUGACGCAGAAAACAUAUCAUACAGAAGACAUAGUAAAUCUAAAAUCAAAGUGUAAUGGAUCUAUAGACCUAUUCAAGCCAGCCUGUGGACAUCAUGAAGUUGCUGACGCUGAAUUGACUGGAAGUCUCAAUUGCAUGGUUAAAAGUUCUUCUAAGAUUCAUGAAACUGGGAAAAUAAUUUCUCUGGAUGAUCAACACAAUGGGUUAACAGCUUGUGGAAAAUCAGAAGAAGCAGGUAAUAUUGACAAGGCAUGUAGUGCAGACAAAGGUCAAGCAAGUGGGCAUCCUUCCCUGAAAUUGGAUGAGUGUGAUUAUGCUUCAUCUGAGAGUGCUGAGAUCAUGGUUGGGAAUAAUCUUCAGGAUCUUCAUCAUGAUAAUUCAAGUGGGUUGCAUCGGAGAAAAACUAGAAAAGUGCGUCUGCUAACUGAAUUGUUAUGUGAAAAUGGUGAUGGAGACACAGAUAAUGUUAGGACUGAUGAUUCUUUAUCCACUGUCAUUCCUGAUGCAUUGACAGUAGGUGAUAAGCUCCGUGCUCCCCUAAGUCAGGUGGCUAUCUCAGGAAAUGUCAGAAGGGGUUUGGGUCAACAUAGGAAAAGGAAGUUGGAUCAGGAUGAAGACUGGAGACCCCUGGAAACGAGCUCUCCCAUUAAAGCAUGUAAAGAAGCUAGGAUCUUAAAGAGAGAUCUGGAAUCCACUGAUGCAAUUGAAAAGGCAUUUGCUAGAAUGCACUUACAAACUAGUAUGAAGAAUGGUUGCACCAAACGUAGAAUUGAUGGAAGUCCUAGUAUAGGUAAGAAGAAAAGCAAAAAAUCCCUGAUUUCAAAUGAAAGCUCAUCUUUAGCAAUUAUACAAGAAAAGGUGCCUAAUGGAAUUGGGAACAAAACUGGAGACAUAUCAAAUGGUAAUGCCGCUGAUGGAGUUUUGCUCAAAUCCAUGCAUAAUGAAGUUACAGACAGAGAGGCAGAUUUUUUCCCUUUGUCCACUCAAAGAAAUGAUAGGAAAUCAAGUUUUAAGAAGAAAAGUAAGAUGCCUCAAGUUGAUGAUCCACAGGCUUCCUUAAUUCCUUGGAAUCAUGGCAUGCUCAAAGAAGAUCUCAUAAGUAGAAAAGAUGCUGAGUUCUUGCAGACUGAGCCUUUAAGGCUUCCAUAUCAUUCAGCACAGGUUACAGCCAGUGAAAAAGGACUAAAUCUUUCUCUUAACAGCUACAUGACCAAGCAAAAGUAUGACAUGCGGCACAAUCUACAGGUUGAAGACAGGCGAAUGUCUUUGAUUACUCAGCAAGAGGGCACUGCAGAAGAUCAAGUAAACAGGAAUGCUGCAGAAACCACAUACGUUGGCAAUUUCAGUUUUGCUUCUAAGCCAAUAUUGGAUAUACCUUGUGGCAAGGGAGAAUAUAUCGGCAUGAGUAGCAAGAGAACUACCGGUAGAAUGCCCUUCCAUAACGAGAAGCAGAACUACACAUCUCAGUUUGAUAUCGGCAAUUGUUCUCACCUGCAGCAAAAGAAUUUUUAUGGUACAACCGGCAACAUGAAAACAAUUGGAAUUCAGGAAUGUUCAGUACUUGCAAGGAAAGACGGUGACCAGAGAGCUAAUAAGGUGUCUGAACAGGGAGCUUUAGAUGACAUUCCCAUGGAAAUUGUUGAACUCAUGGCAAAGCAUCAAUAUGAGAGGUGUCAACCUGAUGGUGAACAUGAUAGAUGCCAAUUAGAAAUGACUAAUAAUACUAAGAUUGGUCAGGCAAUGGAUUUUAGUAAAGCAUAUGGGAGUGGAGAGAUGAGCUUAUUUCAGCAGGAAACUUCUCAAAAACGAAAUCUUCCUGUUAAAAAUGGAAUAACCAAGAGGGGUGAAAAUCUGGGACCUGCCAAACAGAAGUCAGUUGAAUACUUUUCCCGGGCUGAUCUAAACCAAUUCAAUAUGAGCAAGCUGCAACAAACUCCUGCUCCUCCAGGGUUUAAGGCAUUUUUUCAGUGUCAAGAAAAGCCAUCAAGUGGAUUCCACCAUUCUGCUUCCAGUUCUGGCAGGCAAAAUAGUGCUCAAAAUUGCAAGUGGGUUGGGGAUGUGGUGGGGAAGAGGUCCUUUCAUAACUGUUUGCAGACCUCAGGAACAUGUAAUGCAUGCCAGGGCAUUCCCCAGCAGAGUAAAGAAACAAAUCAUCUUUGGUCCACCAUGAUGCCAAAUCACAUGCCUUUUGUGUACAACAUUCCUCAAAAGUGUGCUGCGCUAUCUCCCAAUUUAGAUGUCCUCUCGAAUUCUCCUUGCAGUAUGCCUAAGGAAAAUAGAAGCGGUGAUCAUGGUCUGAAGCUUCUAAAUCAGAAUGCUGCCAGCUUUGGAAGGCCAAAUAGAAAUGGUUCUGAGACUCUCAGGACAUGUUCAGAGUACCCAUUUCCUUGCAAACAUAAUGGGAUUGAGCUUAAUCAAAAGCCUAUGGGAUCUUUAGAUCUGUAUUCUAAUGAAACCAUACCAGCAAUGCAUUUGCUUAGCCUCAUGGAUGCAGGACUUCGGUCUCGUGCACCAAUAAAUCUGGAUGUAACCCCGAAGUUCCUGAAAAGGCCUUCCAUAACUCAUGAUCAAGAGCCUAUUGAGUUUUCUAGGCUGGAUUCUGGAGCCUAUCAAGCCACCAAUACCAUGAAGCACACAUCAUAUGAUUAUCAGGGUAAAAAUAAACUUGCAGAGGAUUCCCAUGGACGAAUUUCUGCCAUUCCAGCAGUUGUUGGUCCAUCUGCUUCUUCAUUUAAACAUGAUAAAUGUUUCAAGGCCACUGAUUUUUUCAGUCAGGUUUCUCAAGAAAAAGUAAAGGGAGAAGGCUUUGAUUCACGCACACAGAAUAAAGGCUGUAGAUCACAGAAGUCUAUAGGUCCAGGUGGAAAUUUCGGCACCAAUUGUGGAUCCAUUCCAGUUCAUAGCAUGCAGACAAUGUUUUUUGGUGCAUCAGAUUCUAUGUUUCCUUUACAGUUUCAGGGACUGGAAAAUUUAACUAAAAACAAGUUGGAGGUCCCUAGUGGCACUCGGCCUGUUCAUCCCCACAAAAGCAGUUCUGAGACUGGAAUCUGCAGUGUGAAUAGAAAUCCUGCUGAUUUUAGUGUGCCAGAAGCUGGAAAUUUAUACAUGAUUGCAGGUGAAGAUCUAAAAUUUGGAAAGCUGGUUCCUUUUGCAAAUGGGUAUGGCUCGAAUAAAUUGAUUGGGCAGAAGCGACCAAAGAAGCAUUCUGCUGUGAAAGACCAUCGGCGACAUCUAACUUCAUGAACCUCACCGGUUUCAAUGCUGCAGGUAAAGACUCGGUUUACCGGCUUCUUCAAAAUGAAAUCAGAUGGUAAAUGCCAAAGUAAUAUUUUGCAUACAGGUCGAUUUUUAAUUCUGUAACCAUGAUUCCAUUUACUUCAGGUCUUGCUGAGUUAUGGAGGCCAUACUGGGCAUAAGGUUGGGCUUGUAUAUAUCUACAUGUGCCUUGACCUCCACAAGCAACUUUAUAUGUAUGUAUUUUUUGUAUGUUUCUUGUAUUUUAGUGUGCUUAUUAUACAUGGUUUUGUGGAUUAUUUUAAAAGGUUCUAUAAAAGCCUAAUGCUGCCCUUAGCUCUCAAAAGAACGCUUCUUUGUACUACAAUGAGGGCAUUUGCUCCAAUCUUGAGCGGGAAUUUAGGGUGGAAACAAGCAGCAGUACAUUAGAUACUAUGAUGUACUUGAAUACCUGUGGCCAGAGAUUGGUAACAGGUUCAUCAAUAAAUUAGCAGUCAAAGGGUUCA